AAAGCAAAGUUUCACUGCGGGUUCUCGUAGGGAUAUUGAUAGCCCAAAGACCUCCGUAAAGAUAUGCAAAAAGUGUGGAGGAUACCACAGUUAAUUAGUUGAAUGCCCAGCAAAAGGUAAACAAUACCUGACGUGUCAGACCCCUUUUUCUGCCCAUUCUUACAACCAUAAGCCACACAAUGAAAUACCGUGAUGAAAAGGCUGUAAGACACUUAUAACCAAGCCAAUAUUCACAAAAAGAUCACUAAAAAAUGUGAGUUGUUUUGUAGGUUUGCUGUCCAGUAGGCAUGGUGAACAAAAGUCAUGUGACUCAUGACAUCACAUGAAAGGUAUCUAUUGGCUGACAACCAGUUCAGGGUGUACCCUGCCUCCUGCCCGUUGACAGCUGGGAUAGGCUCCAGCACUCCCGUGACCCUUCUGAGGAUAAGCGGCUAUGAAAAUGGAUGGAUUGAUGAAAGAUUAUUUUUUUUUCCCUCUGAAAUAACAUGGGAUUAAAAUACCUCACGAAAUACAAAGAUGGUCAUUUUCCUGGAACAAGAAAAUUCAUUUUUUUCUUAUGCCAAACAAGCACCUAUCUUAAACCAAGUUUAAUUUGGAGUCUGUUGUCCACUAGUAUAAGAAUGUAGCUUCUUUCCUUUUAGCGGGAUUUUCUGUGUUUCACUGUUUUACCCCAACUCUCAGCUUUGGAAGAGAGAGACGGCUGGCAGAGGCAGACAUUAACUAGAUCACUAUUUUGAGCAGAAAGAACUGUUAUUCAUAAAGUGAAUGCUUCUUUUUGUAAGACUUGAAAAAAAAUGCCUUAACCUUGGUUGGCUCAGUUACAUUUUUUUGUUAAACAAAAUCAACAUAAAUCCUUGCAAUUCCUUUGUGUCUGUAUUUUUGUCUUGGCUCAUUAAUAGUGUGGACCAUCAAUAUGUUCUGUGAGGCCAUUUGUUCUGACAUGGGGCCGCAAUUUAAUGAGGGAGCAGCUUUGGCCUUCCUAAAAAAAUAAAACAUUCUCCCAUUCCAUCCUUUAAUUUUGUGACACAAAUAAAAACAAGCAAAAUGCUAAAAACAAAGCACAACUAGGAAAAGUAUUUUGUAAUACUGCAAAAGACCGCUAUUCAAAUAGACUGUAAUGUUUUUCAGGUAAGCCAGUGAGAUAAGUGUGACAGACCAAAACAAGAAACAGAAUUUGCCGCCUACUUUGAAAUGACCAAUAUGUGUCUGGAUACUUGAGUGGACCAACCAAGUCACGAUCCCUGUGGCCUUUGUGUGAACUAACAUGGACAAAGUGGUCAUCAGUCUCCUUCUUCUGGGAUUUACACUUACAAUGGUCCAUGCAUGUCCGAAAUACUGUAUGUGCCAGAACCUCUCAGAAUCUCUGGGGACGCUUUGCCCCUCCAAAGGGCUCCUCUUUGUCCCACCGGACAUUGAUCGGCACACUGUGGAGCUCCGAUUGGGUGGCAACUUUAUCCUCAAGAUAACCAAUCAGGACUUUGCCAACAUGACAGGUCUGGUGGACCUCACCUUGUCCCGCAACACCAUCAGCGCUAUCCAGCCUUUCUCUUUUAUAGACCUUGAGACCCUGAGAUCCCUUCACCUUGACACCAACAGAUUGACUGAGCUUGGGCCGGAUGACCUCCGAGGUCUGAUUAACUUGCAGCACCUGAUCCUCAACAACAAUCAGCUAAGUCGCAUCUCCAAAGAGGCCUUUGAUGACCUCUUGCUGACACUGGAGGAUUUGGAUUUGUCAUAUAACAAUCUACGCAGUGUGCCUUGGGAGGCGAUCCGCAAGAUGGUCAACCUCCAUCAGAUGAGUCUGGACCAUAAUCUCAUCUCUUUCAUUGCCGAGGGGACUUUUACUGAUCUGGAAAAACUGGCUCGUUUGGACCUUACUUCCAAUCGUCUGCAGAAGCUACCACCGGAUCCCAUCUUUGCACGUUCCCAAAGCAGCAUUGGCAUGAGUACUCCAUACAUACCUCCAUUAUCUCUAAGCUUUGGUGGAAAUCCAUUGCACUGCAACUGUGAGGUGCUUUGGCUUCGAAGGCUCGAACGAGAGGAUGACAUGGAAACUUGUGCUUCUCCUACAAGUGUGAAGGGACGCUACUUUUGGUCGGUCCGAGAAGAGGAAUUUGUUUGUGAGCCUCCCCUCAUCACACAGCAUACACACAAAUUGCUUGUGCUAGAAGGCCAAACUGCUAGUCUGCGUUGCAAGGCAGUUGGUGAUCCAAUGCCAACUGUGCACUGGGUUGCUCCUGAUGACCGACUGAUCAGCAAUUCCUCGAGAGCCACUUUAUAUGAAAAUGGCACCCUUGAUAUUACAAUCACAACCUCCAAGGAUUAUGGAACCUUUACAUGCAUAGCUGCAAAUGCUGCUGGGGAAUCCACAGCUUCCAUAGAGUUGUCAAUCAUUCAGCUCCCUCACCUUACAAAUGGUACAAACCGCACCACCCAGUCCAAGUCUGGUCUUUCAGACAUAACUAGCUCAACCAAGAUCAGUAAAGGAGAGCCAAAAACUCUGCCUGAGAAUGUGGUAUCUGUGUCGGAAGUGUCUGCAGCUUCAGCCAUGAUUAAGUGGACUGUUGGCAAUUCAACUCCAAAAGUCAAAAUGUAUCAGCUUCAGUACAAUUGCUCUGAGGAUGAAGUUCUCAUUUACAGGAUGAUUCCCAUGACUAACAGAGCCUUCAUAGUCACCAAUCUUGUCCCAGGGAUGCAGUACGAUCUGUGCGUAUUGGCCAUCUGGGAUGACAGUGCCACCACCCUCACAGCCACCAACAUUGUAGGUUGUGUCCAGUUCGUGACCAUUGACGACUACCCGCAAUGCCAGUCUCUUCACAGUGGUUUCUUGGGUGGCACCAUGAUCUUGGUCAUUGGUGGGAUCAUUGUGGUGACGUUACUUGUGUUUAUCAUUAUCCUCAUGGUGCGCUAUAAGGUGACCAGUGGAAUCCAGACUAUAAAGUUACCCACUGUAAGUAAUACUUACUCACAGACCAAUGGGGGUAUGAACAGGUUCAACGGUGCCCCGCCACAAGUCAAAUCAGCUGUGGUGGUCAUGCGUGAGGAAAUGGUCGAAUUUAAAUGUGGAUCCCUUCAGAGCAGUAUCUCCUCAUCUUCAUCCUCCUCCAACUCACUGGAGAGUCAAACAGGAAGAAGGAUUGGUGACUGCUACAGUAUUCAAGGAGCUGAAUGCAACACCCUGCCCAGCAGCAAGUUCCACAGGCAGAGGCACAGCCACAAACCACAACCAAACCUGGACCACCUUUUAGGAGCCUUCACCACAAUGGAGCUUCGAGGGAUAGCCAGGGACCGUCAACCGGGCCCUUCCACAGCUUCUACUACGAUGAUUACAGGAGCUGCUGCACCCCUAUCCGACAGAGAACCUUUACUCGGAAGAGCAGAGUCCACCACCAUGCUAGGCCGUCUUCUAGGGCUACCCCAGGAAGGUAAACCUAAAAGGAGCCAUUCCUUUGACAUGGGUCACGUGGGGGCGACACAGUGCCGGGGCAGCUAUCCUCGCAGGAUCAGUAACAUUUGGACUAAACGCAGUUUGUCAGUUAAUGGCAUGUUACUACAGUAUGAUGACAAUGAGGAAGAUAAGCCUGGUUUUGAGGGCUCUGAGUGGGUGAUGGAGAGCACAGUUUGAGUUCUAUUGGGGAAAAUUAUACUGGGCCACUGUAUACUUUUCCUAGAUCGUAAACUAAAGAAAUAUAAGCUCAGAAUGGAUGGAUAUUCCACACAGGGCCAGUGUUUGAGUGUAACAAGUCCAACCAUGUUAUUUUUCAACAGAUAUUUGAGCUCAGACAGUCUUCGACUGUAUAUACAAAAUAUUUCACCUUUCCUGAGUCUUGGAUCGCACAGCAAUGACCUGGAGUACCCUUCCUCUAUUUUGCAUUGAGAGUAUCACAAGCAAAGAGGGAAAAGAGAGAAGAAAUUCUGAAUGGAUUUACUGGGUCUUUAUCAAAUGAAUUGACUGCCAAGUGGAUUUGCUGCAGCUAUGGUGAAUGGGAUGUACUUUUGUGUGACCCACUGCGUGAAAUAAGACUACUGCCACAGUCGAUUGCAGGACCAUAGGAUCACAAAUGGGGGGUGGAGGGGGGGGUGAUAUAAAUUUUACUUUCAUCAAAGUUUUCUAUCAUUUAUACUAUUUAUUGUUUUGAGUGUUAGACUGAGUGACUGAUGUGCAACUCGGUUGUUAUUGUUAUCCAACAAAAUUAAGAUAUCACAAAAGGUACCCUUCAUAGACACAUUUCAUACCACAUUUUGUUCACCCAGUGCAAUUUUUAGUCACAUACAAUAAUGAACGAAGCACAAUAUUUACCAAAUGGGCCCAUUGUCAAGAACAAGUACAAGAUUGAAACACAUCAAACCUAUCUUGCUUUAAAUUUUGGUAAUGUGUGGUUUGUGGGUUUUUAUGGGAACAUACAUAAUUAAACUGAAACUGCACUCUCAUUGACAAGGUCAUAAUUUGGUCAAAGUAGGACAGAUAUUAACUUGUUUGCCCACAAUUCAAUGAAAUGUAGCACAAAACAGGUCAAAAGAUGUUUAUCUAAUCUGUGUUGACAUGUGUUCACUUUGUAUUCCAUGAUUAAUGCUGGUGACAAUGGUCAGAUAAAUCAGAGCAACAUCGUUUUAAACAUGGUUUAUUUUUGGUCAUGAGGAGAUGGGGAUAUUGCAGUCCAACUAGGCUAAAAAUGAGCAUUACAAUAACUGCAGCAAAAAUAAAAUUAAAAGAAAUGUAGAACUUGAUGAUCAUGGGCAAAGGUUCUCAAAACUCUAAGCCCAGAUGACGUGAAACAAAAAAGGCAAAGAAAGAGUUGAUGUCAUACAUUGUUUGACUUAAUUUAUCAUGCUGAGCUACAGUAUUUAUCAUUCAUUUUCUUGCAUUCAAAGCUGUAAAUUACAUGUAUUUGUAAUCUGUGGCUAUUCAGAAUUACAAUCUGAGAUGUAUCCACUUCCCAUUUCAAUGCCUUUCUUAAUAUCCUAUGUUUUUUGCAGCAUCUGAUUCUGUUGGGUGUUUAUACAUUUGUUUCAAUUGUUUUGAUCCCUAGGAGUAGCAUUCUGUAUAUUGGCAUAUUUUGUACAAAUAACUGGGUGAAAUGUAAAAGUGAGGAAGUCAUUUGGUCGUGUUUUUAUUUUCACUGCAAGUAAACAGUGAAGGUGCUUUACUGUGGUGUACUAUUGAUCAUUUCUAGCUGGCUCAGUGAAACAAGACAAGUGAGAAACUAGAUGAUCAAUUAAAAACAAAAUCACUCAAAUGGUAAAAAACAAAAUAAAUACAUAAAUAAUUAUUGGCGACAAGACAAAUACAUUUGGCUACAUUAUGUUACAGUGUCUUAUGGUACCUGUUGCCUCCACUGAGAUGGUUUCACCAAAAGGACAACUACAGUAUCCCAAGAAGUGACACCAAUGUUGAUACAUUUGUAUUUUGUGAAUUGACAAUUUAACUUACUAGUUCUAUUUGUGUCAUCUUGUAACAACCCCUUUCACGCCACUAACUAACAAUUCAGUUGUGUGCGUGAGGGCUUAGUCAUGAUUCUAAGA